ACAAUUCAGGUGAGGUGGUUUGGGUAGGUCGAAUCUUUGACCAAAUCCGUUCGAGCCGAAUCGCGUUUUUCUGUUUCCGGGUUUUCAACAAUGGAGUAAAUAAAGACAGCCAUCAUUGUUGACGAAUCCCCUCUUUCUACCUCUUUCUCCGUUGCCUUUACCGACAUCGACAUUAACAUCAAGAAAUCAAUCAAACAACCAAAUCAUGUCGUCAGCAAUCACCCAUCAGCUCUCCUGCUUCUUACCAAUCCAUCGCAGACUCCAUCACCAGGCUCGAUCGGCUCCCUGCCCCGCUCUUCGCUCCAAGGUAGGUGUUGUCUAUGCUAGUGAUGGAACUGGUGAAGGAAUUUCAGGUUCACAGACUAAGACAACUUUAAAGUAUACUCCAGAUACUUCGAGAUCCCAUAUUGAAGGCUCAGCCAAGUCCUAUGCAAGUACAGAAGAAAAUGUCAACGGGAAAGGGAUUAGUGAGCCAGCUGAACAACAGGUUAUCACCGAGCAUAAAAGGGCUGCAAAAAUUCAUGACUUUUGUUUUGGCAUUCCAUUUGGUGGGCUUGUUCUUGGUGGGGGACUUGCUGGUUUUGUUUUUACAAGAAAUCCUACUACCUUAGGCACCGGUGUGCUAUUUGGAGGUGCUUUGCUAGCCCUCAGCACCUUUAGCUUAAAAGUCUGGAGACAAGGAAAAUCGAGCUUGCCAUUUAUCCUUGGACAAGCAGUACUUGCUGCGGCUCUUCUUUGGAAGAACUUCCAGACAUACUCAAUGACAACGAAACUUUUCCCAACAGGCUUCUAUGCUUUCAUUAGUGCUGCAAUGCUAUGUUUUUAUUCCUACGUUGUGUUUUCCGGAGGAAACCCACCACCAAAGAAGUUGAAGUUAUCUGUUGCCCCAUCAUGAUGAGAACGUCAGAAGACCGUAGGGUCCCAUGACUCCCACUCGACUGUCAUGCUACUACCUAAGUUAUAUAGGCCCAACUACCAGCCACAAGAUGAAACAAGACACUAGUUACCACCAUGAAGUUCGCAACAUAAUUCAGUGGCCUGAAUAGAUAUGAUUACUGUCACGACUCCCGUGUCCUGAAGCUGCAUCAACACACAGUGAUCAUGAGAAUAAUUCUGAAUGUCUAUUAACUGGAAUGACAGUCUCUCUUGUGAUCCUCAUUGGAAAGACUAUUUUAACGUCUGAAUUAGAUAAUUUGUUGGGCUUAACGUACAAUUAUUCAAUGCAAAAAAAAAAUAAAAUUCAUGGAACAUCUCUUAUAUUUACUUAUUUAAGAUGGGACUAGAUAUAUUUGUUUGUUGAAGAAUUUUAUGGUCACAAUUAUCAUCGUCUGGAUUAAUUUUGACUGUCCAUUUCUCUCAAGAUAAAUAUGAUUUAAUUAGGCACUUAUUACUAUCCGACGAACUCAAUUUUUGGCUUGCGGGUGAUUUUACACUAUGGAACCUAGAAAAUAGAUGACUCGGACCGCCGAAAUGCCACUGUGAUGGACCUUAUGGGGGUUCACAUUAGAAAAGAUCCUUAUCCCUGUUAACAAUCUUUAAGUAUUCUUCUUAUUUGAUAGAGUUUUUUGGCGAUUUAUGUAUGAGCCUACGAGGAACGUGGAAGGAGGCGGCUGACAGUAAUUAAGGCUAUCAGAAAGUAGUUUUAGGGGUGAAAAUCAGCUAAAAUAGAUGUUACGAUGCAAAUUGUACAAAGAUCAAUGGAAAUGAUUGAAAGUGCCAAAUCACAAGUUUGUUUUUUAAGACCAAAGUUCGCUACUGAUCUGAACGGGUUUCCCUAUUUCAUGUAGUAUAGUGGAGUGAUUUUAACCCUCCACCUUAAACUGAAAUGGAAUCGGGAAACUAGAUCCUUUUCCCAUGAAAUUUAGGUAUGCCAUUCCUAGGAUAUGUGGUGGUUGUACUCACUGGUUUAUGUUGUAAGCGGUCUGUAUACAAUAUGUUGUGUCCUAAAAUCUCUUCGCAAAAGGGGAUUCCUUCUUAUGCCUAUUUGUAUCACGGAUUCAAGUUGUUAACCCUGAAGCGAACUGGGUAGCUGUUUUCAAGGGGGGAAAACAGUACAGAAAAUGAUGUUUUGGCAGAUAUAUGUCAUAGUGAUUGUGUGAAUAAUUGAUUUGGUAUCAUGUAACGUUAAGUUUUAUAAUGUGAUAUAGCAUAAUUCAUAAUCCUUAUGUGGGAUUUGAAAACGAAACAAAACCAGUGUGUUGCUUUGUUAUUCUUAUGUGAUCAUAAUGGCGCUUGCCAUGUUACCGGAAGGGUCGGUGUUGUAGGGCAAGAGAGCAAACACACAAUCAAUAGAAACAAGCAAUCGAAAGAUGAGACACGCGAUAUACAUGGUUCCGACUUAAGCUAUUUGCUAAUCGUACUUCACGGGGUGUUGGGGGGUUUCACUGCGAUGAAAAAAAUAAACUAGUUAAAAUAGGGGCUGCCUAUCUUUUUUGCCUUAUAUGGGGUAUACAAGAGAAGCCUUAAAAACCCUAAAAACACCAAAACGCACAGCUUCUCUCCUCCGGACCAGCAUUCCGCUCGUCUGGACCAACCUCCCCUUGUCCGGUCUAACUUUCCCUCGUCUGGACUAAGCAUGCUGCAAUGGGUUUUGCUUCCUCUUGCGCUGGUCUGGACCACCCUCGUCCUGGUCCGGACCAGAGAUGCUGAAACCUCAGAAAACACCGAAUUCAACUUCACACUCAGCAGGUAUGAGGUUCUGUUACUUGAGUUCAUAGCAUGCAUAUUGUCUGUGAUGGUUAUGUUUGCCUCAGAAGUGGUAUAUCCUUGAUUGAGAUCUAUUUCGAGCCCUUCUGUUAUGAUACUUAACUGCUCAAAUAUGGAUUUCAGGCUGAGUUGGGAGUGAAAGCUAGUGCAAGCUCAGAUUUAUACGGUU